AUGAGUAAACGAGAUGUUCAAAUCUCUAAAGCGUUAUCGUAUUUACUCAGACAUGGGGCUCAUAAGGAAAAUUUACCAAUGACUGAUGAUGGUUGGAUUAAAAUCGACGAAUUAUUACAUCAUCAAAGACUUAAAUCAUUUAAAACUACUCGAGAUGAUUUGAAUAAAAUAGUUUCAAAUAAUGAUAAACAAAGAUUUAAAAUAAAUGAAGAAUUUAUUUGUGCAGUGCAAGGACACUCAAUUAAAAUAAAUAAUGAUAAUUUAAUAAAACUUCAUGAAAAUGAAUUACCAAAUGAAAUUUAUCAUGGUACUUAUCAAAAAAAAUUACCAAUAAUAAAGGCAAGUGGUGGAUUAAGUAAAAUGAAUAGAAAUCAUAUUCAUUUCACUUCUCCUGGGGCAAAAAGUGGCAUUAGACCAAAUUGUAACUUGCUCAUUUAUCUUGAUAUCCGAAAAUGUUUACAAAAUAAAAUAGUCUUUUAUAAAAGUGAAAAUGGUGUUAUACUAACUGAAGGUAUUGACGGUUUGAUUCCGGCUAAUCUCUGGCUAAAGGUAGUGCAGCUUCCUUCACAUGAAGAAGCCCAGUAGCACCGGUGGGUACGGGUGUGUUCCCGCUAUUCCAGGGUCUAUUCCCAUUCUAGAAUUCCCAGGGGGAGUCGGUCCCGCCUUUGAUAGAAUCAACAACAAUUUUUCGAUUGCUUAAUUUGCUAUUGUGAUAAACCGCCUUUCUACAUUAAAAGUUUAUUGUCCUUUAUUCUGUUAUUUAUGUAGUCUCGUUAUUUGAAUAGGUAUUAAAAGAUGAAAUCAAUGUAGUUUAAAGUUUAAUGUGCUUAAAUUGC